GAUGUUGCGUGUGGCUGAGUCUCUGUAACGUAUAAGAGAGAAGAAGCAUACCGUUGGUUAUCGGAUUCUAUAAAGAAUCAAGAAACCAAAAGCUUGAAGCAAUCUCCGCCGUCGAUCUUAUUUCUUUCUCCGAUUGAUUCUCUCUCUGCAUUGGAUUGGAGGAGAUGGCGAGUAUAUGUUGCCGAGGAGGAGGAAGCGCGUGCGCCGUUCGUUGCGAUCGGCGGCUAACGGUUACGGCUCGAGCUUCGUGUGUGGCGGUUCCGGUGAUUAAUCGACGGAAUCGGACUGAGAAGGGGAGAGUUUCGACGACGGCGACGAUGGCGGAUUUUGCACCGGUGAGGACUGAGCGGAAACGUGGCGGAUCCGUCGUGUCGCGGGAGAAGCUGGACGAGUGGUUGAGGGAUUCGGUCGUGGAGAUCGUGAGGAAUCUGAGAGAAUCGUCGUUGAUGGUGAACUUGUACGCGGAAGGGAACGGUGGCUUGACGACGACGGCGACGAAUCCGGCGGCGGAGGAUUGGGCGGCGAUGGAAGGGAGGUGGGGGAGGGGAGAAGAGAGGACGCCGGAGGGAGUGGUGUUGGUGGAGAAGUUAGCUGACGAGGGAGUAGCGGAGAGAGAUGAUGAUUACGAUGGAGGCGCGUGUGGGGAAGGUAAAACGAGCGCGUGGGGGAUAGUGGCGCAGGGGAGGGGGACGGAUAGUGGACCGGUUUGUUACUUGUUGAAAACGACCCGGGUUGGGUCGGGUGUGGGGACGGUUUGUACGCAUUUCAGUUUGGUGAAGGUGAAGAGUUUUAGGGAGACGGCUGUGUCGCAGUUGAAUAACUCGUGGUUGGUGCAGACUGGUCAAUGAAACAUGGAUAGGGUCAAAUGGUUGAUUUAUUCUUAUGGUGGUCAAAGGCCAUUGUGAUCUGUAAAUUAUUUAAUUCUCUUUGGGUUUGAAUUGUGAAACCCUUACGGAUGAUCAUCAUACCUUUGUUAUUAUUGUUACAGUUUAAUACAUGGGUUUUGUUA